UUUAUUCUGCAUGGCAGGGGUUGAUAUCCGACCUCAGUGAAGAAUCAAGCGAUUUUACACAUUAUGAAGCCAUGAUCAGAAAGGCAGCAUUGCCUUACCCUGCGCCACUGACAGUCAGGGUUGUGACACACAUCCCUCACCAUUUUCUCACACCUGAUUCCAUACCAUUAUACAGAGAAAACGUGGUUCAAAUUGCACAGGAUUCUGUGAACAAGCUAGCUGUUGGCGGCAUGUUCAUCGUGGGCACACAAGACUACAGAGAUGAUGAAGGGAAGCUGUGGCCAAUUAGCAUGCUCAUCAUGGAAGACGUAAAUCGACAUAUAGGUGAAAAAAUUCUCAAACUAAAAGAAAUGGUGGUUACAGUCCCAGAAGGCUAUGCCAAAGAUCGAAGCAAGCCGAUCUCCUUCGAUACGUACGAGCCUGAAGUGUGCUUAUUGGAUAUAGAUGAGGCGCAAAAACAUGAAAUUGAUGUACCGAUUGUUCAUGCUAUUUACCUUGUUUUCAUGAAAAUGGGUCCCCCUUAACGGUUAACAAAAAAUAAUAAGUCGGUUUGUGAUUGAUAAUAAAAAAUUAUCAAUGUUGCUGCAAAGGAAAGUGCAAACUUGAUAUGUAAGCUCUCGGGUUUCAGAUUGCCGAC